AGGCCGGAAGCUGGCUGUGGGCUCCAAGUAGCGUUCGCUCCGUUGUUUUAUGCAAAGGUUUGAAAAGUAAAUAUCUGCCCGUUUUCCCGUUCCUUGCACCGUGUAUGUCAUGGGAGUAUACUGAGGGCUUCACACGGGCCGUUAACAAGUUUACCUGACGGAUUCUUUCCUUGCUUUUGAUACAAGAUGGACUAUGAAAAUAUUGCACAUCUACAGGGAGAGCUGGAACGUUUGUCUGCUGAGCUGCAAGAAACCACAGAAGAGAAAUUCCAAGCAGCUCAGUAUGGGCUGGCGGUGCUGGAGGAGAAUUCAGAAUUAAAGCAAAAGUAUGCUGAUCUAGAGUCUGAAUGUGAUGCGCUGAAGCUCGAACUCAAGCAUUUGAAAGAGGCAUUAGCAGAAUCCCAAAUCAUUCACAAGCGAACAGCCGCUGAUGGAGAGAGCCGUGAAGAAAGCUUACUUAAGGAAACUGCUUCCAAGGAAGCCAAAUUAACAGAAAAGAUCGAUGAACUGCAGAGCGAACUCAAACAGAUCAAGACAUCGCUAACUAACACAUCCUCAGAAAAUGAGCGCCUCAAUCAGUGCAUACAAAGUUUGAAGAAGGAAUACCAAGACAUUGAGACAGAGAAGACACAGCUGCGGGAUGAAAUUAAACGGUGUAAGAUUAGAGAAAUGAGGCAUCUACAAGACUUCUCCGAUUUAGAAGAAGAAAAUAUUUCUCUCUUGAAACAAGUGUCGAUAUUGAAGGAAAAUCAGGUUGAGUUUGAAGGCUUGAAGCAUGAACUGAAAAGAAGAGAUGAAGAGAUCGAUAUACUGAAUGGACAGUUGGAGGAGUUGGUACGGCUAAAGGAUAUCUCAGAGCAUCACCUUGAAGAAGCUCUGGAGACACUGAAAAGUGAAAGGGAGCAAAAGAACGAGUUGCGGCGUGAACUGUCAGGCUUCCUCCAGUACGAUUCCAUAGGGAGCUUGAAAGUAAACUUUGAAGAGCCGAAUGAAGAUGAGUUUGACAGUGGAUACAACAGUGGUGGCCUAAACAAGACCAAUGGAGACAUCUUUAUGUCUACACCUCGUAAUAGUGACAUAUUCCAUCCAGGACCUAAACUGGCAUCCGACCUCUUCACAGAGCUAAGCCUGACAGAAAUUCAGAAACUGAAGCAGCAGCUACUGCAGCUCGAACAAGAGAAGACAUCCAUGGAAGAAAACAUACAAGAAAUGCAGAGGGACUUGGAUUCUGCUAAGGAAGCUCUGAGUAAAGAACAGGAGCAGAACUGUGAUCUGGCUGAACAAAUACAAGUUUUAAAAACUAAUCAAGACGUUGGCAGCAAUGGAAUUUCAGAAAAUAGAGAAGAUAUCUUAAAAUGCAACUGUGGCAGUGAAGACAACGAAGUCACCAGACUGCAGAAAGAACUAGAAGAUAUCCGGCAGCAGUAUAAAUGCUUUGAAGGAAAAUACCACCAAGAAAGAGAGCAAUGGGAAGUCACCAAGCUGGAGCUUGCUGAAAAACUCAGCUUGUGUACAAAAGGUGAAAAGGGGGGCAAAGGACAGUUUGGACUUCAGGAGGGGUUAAGAGCCUCUCAGAGAUUGUACUGUGAUUUUCAGAGCAAACUUUCUCUCGUCCAAGACGAGCUUGCGUCUCUAACAGAAGAGCUAGCACACCUCUACCAUCAUGUCUGCAUGCAAAAUAAUCAGACGCCUAACCGGGUAGUGCUGGACUACUAUAAGGAUGGGAAAGGGACCAAACUGCAUUUCCGCAAGAGAAAGUCUUCAGAGUUUUUUGGCAAACUUUUGGUUAAUCCAGACUUGGAGGUCACAGGGACAGAGAAUGGUGACCGUUCCCCACUUAGCAGUCCUGGCUCUUCUGUCGGGUCAGACUUUGCUGAUUGUAUCCAAGAGCCACUUGGUAUUAUUCAUCUUCUUGCUGUUGUCAAAAGCCAGAUAAAGCAUUUGCAGUCGGCCGUUGCGGUUUCCUGGCACCACACGUCAUUCGAAACAACAGCUUCUGAAAUGGACAAGGACAAAGGGGUUUUGGUAGAAGAGAUCUUGAAACUGAAGUCCUUGCUGAGCACUAAGCGGGAACAAAUAGCAACUCUGAGGAUUGUUCUGAAGGCUAAUAAGCAGACAGCCGAAGUAGCUAUGUCAAACCUGAAGAGCAAAUAUGAAAAUGAGAAGGCUUUAGUUUCAGAAACUAUGCAGAAGUUAAGGCAUGAGUUGAAAGCUUUAAAGGAGGAUGCAGCCACUUUUUCUUCAAUGCGCUCGGUCUUUGCAAACAGAUGUGAUCAGUAUGUAACGCAACUGGAGGACAUGCAGCGUCAGCUUGUUGCAGCGGAAGAUGAGAAGAAAACAUUGAAUUCCUUGCUCCGUAUGGCUAUUCAGCAGAAGUUGGCGCUCACGCAACGCUUAGAAUGCCAGGAAGGCGCAAAAGCUGGUCAUUCGAGGUCUCCCAUGAAGGCCAAAACACAUAUUCCUAAGUCAAAGGUCAACGGGUAACCUGCUGUAGAACAUUUCAUUCCUGAAAUGAUUGACAUUUUCCUACAACUGAGACGCAAGAACGUCCGCAGAAAGAUGUCCAUCCGUUUUGGAGGCUUUCUACAUUUGGAAUUAAGACAGCUGCCGAGCCAAUAACAUCUGCUUAAAUAUUAUUGUGACCUCUUAAAUAUUUUUACUGAAUAUUGUAAACAGAUUUUUAAUAUUUUUUUUCCUCUUUGAAUUUUAAAGUGUUAAGUUUAAAAAGUUAAAACACAAUAGUUCUGUUAAGUGCCUUAAAUUAUGUAUUUUAUGGAUUUUAUAGUGUUAAGGAUUCUAGCGGGUACAUACUUUCUGUAUUUAUUUGGUUCUGACAUUUUGUGGUGUCUGCACUCCUUACUGCACACUCACACACUCCUUCAGUGUACUCUCCCUGUGUCUGUAUGGCUGCCAUAUUGCCUUUUCUUUUUCCCGAGAAGCGUCUAAUUUUUACAUGUUACUGACCACAACCUUAUAAAGUGAUUGCCUUUAUAAUGGGGUAUGGGUAUACUGCUGGGUGUGCCACCAUAUAGGUGUUGAGGUGUAAAAAUUAGUUUGUUUUUGGAUAAAUGGCUGCUAUAGCAACCCUACGUGGUUGGGUUCAGGAUGGAACGUGCUAUUCCCAGUUUACCAUUGGGCUUUGCCCUUCUUCGCUACAGGCGCGUGAGAAGACAUCACUGCCUUUUAAAUACAGUCUACGAAGGCUUUGCCAACGCAACAUAGCCUCCAUAGUGUAGCCAGCCCAUUGAGCAGCACGCUCACAUCAGAUUUUGCCACCAACCAUUGGACUUCCCAGCCUGGUCCUAGGCCAGGGUACGUCGCUGACCACAUUACUUAGUUAGGUAUACUGGGCCUCAUUUGGGUAGAUUUACUUUCUGUACCAUAUUGUUUUCCAUUAACUGUAAAAUUGAACCUUUUUAUGUUCAACCAAGAACAAUUAAAAUAUGAAUUUAUCAGUCUAGCUGCUACAGGUGAAACCACAAAAAUCCUUGUUUAAAGUUGGUUGGUUUUGGGACAUGUAAUUUCUUUCACAAAACGUAUUGUAAAUGUAUGGCUUUUGGGAGUAUAUUUGUGUGUUUUGGGAAUGAUUGAUAUGUUGGUAACAAUGUUUCUCUGUUUAAAUUUGUCAGUAACAAAUAAUUUUAGUAAAGUGUAGAUC